GCAUAAGACUGACAACAGUGGAACAGUGAAAACGUCCGACCAUGAUUCCAUUGAUCUCCAUCCUGUUGGUAGCCUUGGUCGCUGAAGACGCUCAUGGAAUCGGCCUAGGUAUCGGAGGAUUAGGAGGAUUCGGUGGCGGAUUUGGCGGCGCUGGUGGACUCUUGAGUGCUGGAAACUACGCCAAUGGAUUCAGCCAUUCCAACGGAUUCAGUCAUGGAAGCCACCUUCUGAAAGGCUUUGGAGGAGCAGGUGGGCUCAAACACGGCCAUCUCAACAAACACCUCCUGGGUAAACGAAGUGCUGAUCCCGAGCCAAUACUCGGACUUGGAGGCCUAUUCGGUGGAUUGGGUGGUGGAUACGGCGCGAAAGGUGGACUCUUGAGUGCUGGAAACUAUGCCAAUGGAUUCAGCCAUUCCAAGGGAUACAGUCAUGGAAGUCACAUUGGAGGAGGAUUCAAGAAAUUGGGAGGUCUUGGAGGCGGCCACCUCAAGAAGUUCUUCAUCGGGAAGCGAAGCGUCGACCAAGAAGAGCCUGAGUCCGAAUAAGGAGUCGAGGUGGCCACUGGAAUAAGGAAUCCAGGUGGUCACUGGAACUCUUCUGUCAACGGAUGCUUAUGUUGAUGAAUGAGCCAUAUACUAUAACCUGUUAAUAAGUUAAUUACACUUCUUUUUAUGCACAUUAAUUACAUUUAUCAAAAUAUAUUUAUAG